GUGCAUUUUUCUCGCUGUGUCCGUGUGUCUGCGGUUGCUAGCGGGCUGUCCAUGAUUCAGUGAUAUUGUUCCACCAUCCUAAAAUGCGAUCCUGGACGACACGAUGGCUUUCGCGGGCACUACACCAAAAUUGGCAAGCAGCGAGUGCGAGCGUGGAAAACAAACCCCGAACCUACUCACGCUUCAUCUCCGUCGUCAGUGGCUUCCCAAAGAACCUGGGCCAAUCGAAGUACAAUCCGGGUAAAAUGGGCGAUGACGCUUGGUUUAUCGCCAACACCAAAUCAGCCGAUGUAUUGGGUGUUGCUGAUGGGGUCGGCGGAUGGCGCAGUUAUGGAAUUGAUCCGGGAGAGUUUGCCAUGGUGCUAAUGAGGAAUUGCGAACGGUUGGUGAAGUUUUCCCGCUUCGAUCCUAUCAAACCGGUGAACCUGAUUGCAUCCGGAUUUCGAGAACUGCAGGCAAACAGGAAAAGCAUACUGGGUAGUAGUACCGCUUGCAUAGUGGUGUUUAAUCGCGAAGACAGCAGCAUUUAUACGGCCAACAUCGGCGACAGUGGCUUCAUCAUAGUGCGAAAGGGCGAAAUAGUGCAUCGCAGUGAAGAUCAGCAGCACUAUUUCAACACACCCUUCCAGCUCUCGUUACCCCCGCCCGGUCACACCGACGUGCUGAGUGAUAGCCCCGAGUCUGCAAACACGACCACCUUCCCGGUGUGCAACGGGGACGUCAUCCUGGUCGCCACGGACGGUGUGUUUGAUAAUGUUCCGAUCAAGCUGCUAGUCGACACUCUCCAGCGGGUGGAAGGAGAAAACGACCAAGUAAAGUUGCAAAUGUGUGCAAAUUCGAUUGCCCUGAUGGCACGAUCGUUGUCUUUCGAUAGUAAAUUUCUAUCACCAUUUUCUCUUAAUGCUAGAAGAAACAACAUCAAUGCAAUGGGUGGCAAACCAGAUGAUAUAACCGUAGUUUUAGCGACCGUGGCUCUUUAACGACGUAGCGGCAGUGGCAAGUGGGCGGUUGACGUUGACGAGCAAAAUUGAACAUAAUGGGUAGGGGAAAGCAUACCAGCCGGUAGCGAAGGCAAAUUUCUUAGGCAAUUUAAGUUAGAACCGCUAAAGCAAUUACAACUCAUCAAAUAGUCACAGCCACUGAAUGGAACGCUGCAACUACGAAACGUAAAGGCUGUUGGAGUACAUUUUUUCUAGCUUUUUAGGUUUAUUAUUUUUUUUAGACUGGGAUUCCUAUACGAUCAAAUAAAUUUAAUUCCGUUCCAUUGAUUAUGAUGGAGUGCUAGACAAUUA